GCCCGGACAGUCUAUAUAAGCAGCAGGCCCCGCCCACCGACUCUCAGUGCCCUAUACGGCUUUAGCGUGCUGUAGGUCCGGCUCCUACAGAAGGAGGCGGAGGAGUGAAGCGCGAGAGCCGCGGAGGUAUCAGGCGUGAGGGCUGCGGCGUAGAGAUCCAUUACGCUGGCAAACAUGAACGCAACCAGAGCCGAAUACCCGCUGGCAUCUCUUUAUAUAGGGGACCUCCACCCCGACGUGACGGAAGCGAUGCUGUAUGAGAAGUUUUCUCCAGCGGGGCCCAUCAUGUCUAUAAGAGUGUGUCGAGAUAUUGCUACUCGCCGGUCCCUUGGCUAUGCCUACAUUAAUUUCCAGCAGCCGGCUGAUGCUGAGCGGGCCUUGGAUACAAUGAAUUUUGAGGUUAUUAAAGGCAGGCCGAUCCGAAUCAUGUGGUCCCAGAGAGAUCCAGGCCUUCGAAAAUCGGGUGUAGGGAAUGUAUUUAUUAAAAAUUUAGACGACUCCAUCGACAACAAGGCCCUCUAUGACACUUUCUCAGCGUUUGGAGAUAUUUUAUCUUGUAAGGUGGUUUGCGAUGAAUACGGAUCUCGAGGUUAUGGUUUCGUACAUUUUGAGACCCAAGAAGCUGCCAAUCGAGCGAUUCAGACUAUGAAUGGGAUGUUGCUCAACGACCGCAAAGUGUUUGUGGGCCAUUUUAAAUCACGGAGGGAAAGAGAAUUAGAAUAUGGGGCAAAAGUCAUGGAAUUUACCAACGUGUACAUCAAGAACUUCGGGGAGGAUAUGGACGAUAAAAGACUUAAAGAAAUAUUUUCUGCCUUUGGAAAUACGUUAAGCGUUAAAGUAAUGAUGGAUAAUAGUGGUCGAUCCCGGGGUUUUGGUUUUGUUAAUUAUGGAAAUCACGAAGAAGCACAAAAAGCAGUUACUGAGAUGAACGGUAAAGAAGUAAACGGUCGAAUGGUUUACGUAGGCAGAGCUCAGAAGAGGAUAGAACGGCAGGGCGAGUUAAAACGCAAGUUCGAACAAAUCAAGCAAGAACGAAUCAACCGGUAUCAGGGUGUUAAUUUGUAUGUUAAAAACCUGGACGAUGGUAUCGAUGAUGACCGGCUCAGAAAGGAGUUCUCGCCGUAUGGUACCAUUACCAGUACAAAGGUAAUGACUGAAGGAGGCCAUAGUAAAGGCUUUGGUUUUGUUUGCUUCUCCUCCCCAGAAGAAGCCACUAAAGCCGUCACAGAAAUGAACGGGAGGAUAGUCAGUACGAAGCCUCUAUAUGUUGCACUUGCACAAAGGAAGGAAGAACGGAAGGCAAUUCUAACCAAUCAGUACAUGCAGAGGCUAGCCACUAUGAGGGCCAUGCCUGGUCCUCUCCUUGGGUCCUUCCAGCAACCUGCUAAUUAUUUCUUGCCUACAAUGCCACAGCCUUCAAACAGAGCAUUUUAUAGUCCAAAUCCUGUUGCUUCUGUUCGUCCAGCUCCUCAGUGGGCUUCCCACCAGUCCAGGCCUCCACAGUAUCAACCACCAGCCCCAUUAAUGAGGGCGGUGCCACCAAGAAGGAUGCAUUCAAAUAUCAGUACAAUGAAGCAGGCAUCAACACAAGUACCCAGGGUGCCUCUACAGAGUCAAAGAGUAGCAAACAUUGGCACUCAAACAGCUGGAGCUCGGGCCCAAGUAAACGCGUCCAUAAUGCGCGCAAUGCCACAUUACAAGUAUUCCUGCGGCGUGAGGAACGUGCAGCCUAUAGGAAGCUCCGCUCAUCUGCAACAGGUACUGGAACCUGCAGUUCUGAUGCAAGGCCAAGAACCGCUAACUGCAUCUCUGCUUGCAGCUGCCCCACUGCAGGAACAGAAACAAAUACUCGGGGAACGUAUUUACCCGUUAAUACAUGAAAUGCAUCCGACGUUAGCCGGAAAGAUAACAGGAAUGCUGCUGGAAAUUGAUAACUCUGAGCUACUGCAUAUGCUGGAGUCACCAGAGUCUCUGCAUUCAAAGGUGGAAGAGGCAGUGGCGGUCCUGCAAGCCCACCAAGCCAAGGAAAGUGCUCCGAAAAGUGCUCCGCAGUCUCUGAUCUGACCCUCUUCAUUAAAUCUAGACAGGGGACCCCUUGUGCAGUGAAAUGCGCUGCACACUGUAAGUUUGUAUAGUUUGCACAGGACACACACACACUUCAUCUGUAUGUAUUCACGGGGGUUGAUUUCAUUUUUUUUGUGUCGUUGAAGUAAUAUUGUAACAUAUAAAUACAUUGAAUUACGCCUCUGCUUUGUAGGAGGGUACAUUGCGGUAAUUACAGAAAUUAAUUUUGUGGUUGUUGUUGUUUUUGCUUUUCUUUGUGCAUUAAAAAAAACAAAA